AUGCCGAAAGUGACAGGAAAAUCCUCAUACGACUGUGAUAUCUGUAAAAAGUAUAUCCACACAGGUGAGAAACCAUUUUGCUGUGAUGUCUGUGGCAAAGCAUUCUCAGAAGGAAGUAAAUUAACCAAACACAUACGUAGUCACACAGGUGACAAACCUUAUACCUGUGAUAUCUGUGGUAAAUCAUUCUCUGAUGGAGCUGUCUUAACCAAACACAAACGCAUUCACACAGGAGAGAAACCAUAUCAGUGUGACAUUUGUGGGAUAUCAUUCUCACGUAGCGGUGAUUUAGCUAAACACAGACGUGUUCAUAUAGAGAUAGACACCAUAAUGCUAUGA